CGAGGCUCAGGUUCUCCAUUUUUAAUGCUCUGCCUGUUGCUAUCAGACUUUGUGCAUCUGGCUAGCUUAUUUUUAGCAAGCUAGUAUGAUGGCUGUAUCAGAUGGCAAUUUGGAAGUAAAUAAAGCUGAACAGAUUUUAAUAGGAAAGAAAGGGGGGGUGACCUAACUCUAAAACUAUCUCUUCACAGAAGAGCAUCUACUGUACUUCAUGCUCCUGGCAGGAAAACUCUAAAUACACCAGCAAAGAGGAUAAUUUAUCUUUGCAACCAAAGGCAAGCAGCCUUUGGUCUAACGAGGAAACUCCCACUUUCAUGUCAACCUUCAAUCAAUGGCAGCUACCAACGAUGUCUAUCUCUUUGCAGUCUGUGCCAUAGUUUCAGUAUCCCUGCUCCACCUCAUUUUCAGCUGAGAAGAAUUUUACAGUAGCACAGAAUGGCCUGAAAGGCGACACCAAAACCAAACAAGUCAAAAGUCAAAUCAUAGGAGUUUACUGAAAGAGUGUCACAAUAAUAUAGUACCAAGAGUCUGUUUGUUUUGCUUGGGAUUGUCAAUUGGAAAGGCACAGGAGCAGGGGCUUCAAGCAUUGGGGUGGUGGCGGCAUGGCAUCCAGGCUUCCCUCCUCUCAACACUCUGUGGGGGCAACACCACAAGCCCUCAAGCACUACGAGAACCAGGACUACCCUUCCCAAUUCUUCCAAACUGUGACCAAACUGAAAGAAGAAAGCCUUCUGACCGACCUGCUCAUCGGACUGGAUGGGAGGAGUUGGAGGGUCCACUCGGUGGUUCUGGCUGCUGUCAGCUCUCUGGUUAUGGGGGAGCUACGCGAAGGCAGGAAACAGGAUCUCUGUUUGGACGGUAGGGUCGGAGAGGCAGGGCUGGAGAUCGUUUUGAAGGUUGCUUACUCUGGGGAGGCUGAGCUGAGCAGGGAGAAUCUCGCCGAAGUCAAGCAGGCUGCUGGGGUCCUGGGAGCGGAAAAGGUAUUAAAGUUAUGCCAAGACUUCGAGAAGUCAUCAGGCAACAUGGAUGAGGAAUGGAGAAGUUUACCGGAGAAAAUCAGAUUGGCGAACCUGCAGUGUAUCAGAGCCAUGUGGGAAGAGCAGCUCGUCUGUGAUGUGAAGCUGGAGGUGGAUGGCGUGCAUUUUGAUGUGCACAGAGCCAUUCUGGCGGCUGGCAGUGACUACUUCCGAGGCAUGUUUACGAGCGGUAUGAAGGAAGCCAGCGAGGACACUGUACCAAUGUUCUCCCUCUCUCCUGAGGAUCUGUCUGCCCUGCUCUCUUUCAUCUACUCCGGGACGCUGCAGCUCGGCUGGGGCAAUGCCUUUGAGCUCACCCUGGCAUCCAUGCAGAUCCAAUCCCUGGGGGCAAUCUCCCUCUGCAUGGAUUUCCUCCGCAGUGAAACUGACCCCUAUUCCUGCCUGGACGUAGCAGCUUUCGCUGAAGCCUACAGCCUAGGGGAGCUGAAAGAAUUCGCAGAUGAUUACAUCUUACGAAACUUCCAAGAAGUCGGUUCCACCCCCAAGUUCCAAGACCUCUCCCUGGACCGGUUGUCCCGCUACCUGGCUGAGGACUCCCUCUGUGCCUCCGAUGAGCUGGAGAUCUUCCGGGUGGUGGUGGGAUGGAUUCGCGCAGACCCAGUAGAGCGGUUGGCUCACGCUGAAGAGCUCAUGAAACUGGUUCGGUUCCCGCUCAUGACUUUCAGGCAGUUUAAGGAGGUGAGGGAGGUGAAUAUCUCUCUCAAGCAGGAAGGGUGCAAUGACCUGUAUGCAGCGGCACUCCAGGAGUUCGGUUGGACCUGUGGCAGUAUGGAGCACCACUGUCGCAUGCGAAAGCCAAGCCUGGCUCUGGUCCUGGUGGCUGGGGAUCAGAAAGCCCCAGAUUUUGCCUCGAGGAAGCCCAGCAGGGAUCUUUGGUUUAGCAACAGUUUCAGUAGAAGCACGGGGCUGAGGACACACAUUGAGUGGUGUCACCUGUCCACCAUGCCAGGGCCAGGCAGGUUCAGGCAUGCAACUGUGGUUUUAGAUAACAACCUGUAUGUCUUUGGUGGGAGCGAUUUUUACGGAAAGUGUGAUACUCUGAAAACUGCUUUUUGCUACAAUCCCAGUCAGGAUAGCUGGAAACAGCUCCCGGAUAUGAAAGAACCUCGCAAUUACUGCUCUGCGGUGAUUCAAAACCAGAACAUCUACAUACUGGGAGGAGAUAUCGACACAGAACACAACCUGGGCAGCGUGGAGUGUUACAACCCCACCACAAACUCCUGGAGGUAUGCCCAGCCCUUGGAUCAAGCCCUCAGUGGGCAUGGGGCUGUGUCGUGGAAUGGAGAAAUCUACAUCUCAGGUGGAUUCAACUGCAAUUACCAGUGCCUGGUGUCCAUGUUUCACUACCACCCAGAAAAGGGGACCGUCUACCUGGCCGAUAUGAACCACGACAGAGCAGAGCAUGUGAUGGAGGCCAUCCGGGACAAGAUGUACGUAGCAGGGGGAGUGCGCAACCAGGCCCGGUUCUACAACGAUCAACUCGAGUGCGAGGUGUAUGACCCCAGCAGGGAUUCCUGGACUCUGCUCGCGAGGCUCCCCAAACCCCACGUCAACGCUGCCUCCGGGGUGCUGGAGGAGAAGCUCUACGUGCUGGGAGGGUUCAGCCAGGAGGAUUACACCGAGACUGGCUUGGCUCACCGCUACGACCCGCGCUGGGAUAAAUGGGAGAUGGUGGGGAGAAUGCCCGGUCCCACCACUGAUAUAAGAGCCUGUGUGCUGGCAUUGCCUCCUCAUUUGCGCCACUAAUCCCAAGGCCAAUAUUCCAUUGUGAGUGGUAAUCAGUAGCCAAAUGGUUCUAAUCCCUGUUUCUUCCAGAUUUCCAACCAAUACCUGACACGCAAUAUCAGUUACUAAGGUAUGAACAAUAAAUCUAAUAAAAAAAUAGGCACGCAUUUGAUUUUGCAAAGUCAAUCUGUUGCACCAUGUCAUGCUGUUUGGUUUUCUUCAGGGUGAGGUUUACAACACAUUCUCUGAGAGCUUCCACAAUGCGAGGGCUGUCUGGACUUUGUAUUGCAGUGUUUGUUAGCAGCGUUUGCCACAGACAUACAAGUGUGUGACUGUUCAUAAAUAACCUUGUGGAAGAUUUAAACUCGCAUACGAGUUGUGCAUAGGAAAUCAAGCCGCUGUAACUAAAAAUCGAAAUAGAGAAAUUAGUCAUUGUCUGAUUUAAUUGAUGACUUUAAUAGACCACACAUGCAACUAAUCUGAAAUAAUAAGAGUGAAGGAACACGUGAUGAAGUGCAGGAGACUUUUUAGAAGUUGUUUAAGAUGCCUGAUUAAAACGCAAAGUGGACGAACGUUUUCACACACAGUGCCUACUGUUUCUAGACCAGGUUACUGACUGGAAAUUGAAAUUCUCCCACACAGAAGUUUUCAUAAAGGAUAUGAAUGACAAAUCAUUAGGUGUUCUGAUACAUGUGUCUGCUGAUAGAUGCUGGUGUGAACAGUAUAAAACAUCUCUUUGUUAGAGCAGGAAGAAUGCAAUUACAGCCUCUCUCUGGAAUAUAGGUACAUAUUGCCUUAUUGUGUAUUUCGUGUGCUGUCAAUAAAGUUGAUUGAACUUAAA